CUUAAAUUGAGUGUUGGCAUUUGACUGGGGAAUUGAGGCAGGAUAUAAAGAAGAAAUGUAUUGCUUUUAGAAAUAUUGUUCAGCAUUUGGCAAAUGAAAGAUCAACUUUUGGAGCAAUAAUUCAGCAACAGAAAAAAUGGGAUUAUUUAAAAUUAUAUUUUAAUCUACAGUAUUUCCUCUUUCUACUGGGCCAUUUUAGAGGGACUACAUUGAAAUAAGCAAGAUUAAAACAGCAUAGCCAACUCACUAAAUUCCAUGGCAGAAUUAAGGCCCAAGAAGAACCGGACAGAAAGGCAGUCAUUGUCCCAACCCCAACAAAUUGGCAGGCUCUAGAAAACCCAGUAUCCUUUUUCCAUCUGCUUGUUUGGGAGUCUGUUUGGCCUCGGAGUUCAGAGUUUUCCAGAAUUUACAGUUGGUCGAGUCAGAGAAGGUUUAGAAAUGCAGGCUGGUACGGUGUCAAAACAUUUCAUCUCAUCGGGUGUCCAGCUUGUUACUGAUGUUUUGACUAGUCUCCUGUCCAGCAGCUGGGAAAUGGGAGAUAGCUUUUCUCCAGAGGGGACUCAGGAUGAGGGGAGCAGCUCAUCUUCAGAGGACACGCAGUGGAGCCCUUUGCAUUGGUCAAGAUCCAGCAUGCAGUUGGAGAUAAAGCGCCUCCAGACAUUUCGGUUCUGGCCGGUGAGCGUUCCUAUUUCUCCAACGGAUCUGGCAGCUGCUGGUUUUUAUUUUGUCGGUCCUGCCGACACCGUCCAGUGUUUCUGCUGUGGUGGGUUGUUGUACAAUUGGGUAGCUGACGAGGAUCCUAUGGUAGAGCACAAGAAAUUCUUCCCCUCGUGCCUGUAUGUCCAGGACAAAAUGGUAGGAAAUUGCCGACAGAUGCCUUGGAGCGAAGAACACCAUGACUGCAUAGAUGGUCAAUUUCUUGGCAUGCUACAAAGUUUAAAUGUGGAGGAAAGCCCUGCAGGGGGUCAGCCAGAGUACCCAUAUAUGGAGACAGAAGGAGAUCGGUUGGUGUCGUUUGAGAAUUGGCCAUCUUACUCUCCAGUGUCUCCCCAGUUGUUGGCCAGAGCUGGCUUCUUCUAUACAGGCCAACAAGAUUAUGUGCGGUGUUUCUACUGUGAUGGUGCCCUGAGGAACUGGGAACAAGGGGAUGAUCCCUGGAUAGAGCACGCCAGGUGGUUUCCAAGAUGUGCAUUUCUGCUCCAGUCCAGAGGGAGAGAUUUCAUAAACCACACUCAAGAAUCUAAUGUAAUGUUGGAAGACAGCUUGCAUUGGUCUGAAUAUUCAGAAAGCUCUCACGAGUCUAUGGAAAGAGAACCAGAUCCUUGGAGAGUAAGAAGAGAGACACAAGUGGAAUGCUCCCAUAAGCCAGAAUCGACCACCAGCAUGGAAGAAAAACUGCGCCGGCUUCAAGAGGAGCGGAUGUGCAAGGUGUGCAUGGACAAAGACGUGUCCAUUGUGCUGGUUCCUUGUGGCCACCUAGUGGUGUGUGCUGAAUGCGCUCCUAAUCUGAGGCGCUGCCCCAUCUGCAGAGGGGCCAUUCGGGACAGCAUGAAGGCCUUCUUGUCCUGACCUGAAAGAGCGUCACUUCACAGCAACUUAACCCUUCCUUUGGCCCAGGAAGACUCGACUCUGCCCAAGGAACCAAACAAGGACUUGAAUAAAUAUACUACCGGGGUGCUUGAUUUAUUUAUUUAUUUAUUCGACUUUGCUGGUCGGGCUGCCCGUUUCCAAAAACAAAAAGGACUCGCCUCCUUCCUCUGAACCCUACAGUCACCCGAUGAUCUUGCAGAUGUAGCUUCUUUGAGACCUCCUUCAAUUUCAAAGAUGAAAGAUUA